AUGUCUCAAUCAUUAGAAUCAUUGUCGCCGUCUUGUUUAUCGGAGCAUCAAAAUACAACACCUAUUGUUGGUGAUAAAAAUAGUAGUAGUAGAAAAUUAACUCUGGAGGAAAUGAUUGCUCAACAAGAUUUUGAAAUUGAUAAUAAUAUAAAGAAUAAUUCGGUUGAUUACAAAUUCUUCUUUGAAGAGGAUGAAAAGGAUAAGGUUGUAGGAAAGAAUGAAGAGAAGGAGCAAGGACUCUUUGAAAAUAUGGAGUCUGAUGAUGAGGAUGAUGAAGAUUAUUUUGAAUCUGAAGAGGAGAGAAAGUACUGGGAAAAACAAGCUAAAAAGAUGAAUCCUAAUGGUGAAUCAUCUUCUAAUAAGAGAGCACACGGUCAUGCUACACUCUCUCGUAAUAAUUAUGAUGAUUUGAAUUUGUAUUCGGAUGAUAUGGUCUUGUUAGCAAAGAUUGAACAACGCAAAUUCAAUUGGUAUUUAAAGAAAGGAUUGGCUGAACAAAUUAAUGAGAAUAGUAUUAAAUUAAUGUUCAGACCAAAAGGAUACGGACAUAAGGAUGAUGAUUUUUAUCUUUCCAAGAUGGAAAAUAUUUGUGUUGCUUGUGGAGUUGAUAAGGAGUUGACAAGACAUCAUAUUAUCUCAUUUGAAUAUAGAAAACACAUGCCAGAGUUUGUGAGAUCUCACUCGUCACACGAUGUUUGUCUUUUGUGUGCUCAUUGCCAUGAGAAAUAUGAAACUGAAGCUUUUAAAUUGAGAAAACAAAUAUCGGAAAAGUAUGGAUCGCCUCUUGGAGGAGUUGGAAUGGUAAAGAAUGUAGAUUUUGCAAGUGCUAAGAAGGCAGCAAAUGCUAUUUUGAAAUCCAAGGACAAAAUGCCAGCCAAUCGAGUGGAAGAGUUGGAAUAUGAACUCAGAAUUUUCAUCAAAUCAUGUGGAAAGUACUCUGAUCCAACAGAUGAUGAGGAUGAUGAUGAAAAUGAUCCAAUACCUCAGGAAAUUCUUGAAGAUAUUGCUUCACUUCAAGUUACUGACACUACAUUAUUCCAAUCACACGGAGAAGGAGUUAUCAAGGCAAUGAAGGAGUCGUGUAAAAACGACGAUGAAUAUCUGGACAAAUUGGAUGAAUUCUGUAUCAUGUGGAGACAAAACUUUAUUGAUGUUUUGGCACCAACUCAUAUGAGUCCUCACUGGAAGGUAGAUAAAAAGAUUAGACGCUCAAUCAAUGAUGACCCAAACAGAAUUCAACUAAUUACUGAAUAG